AUAAAAUAAAAAAUUAUAUAGCUCCAAGGGAAAAGAAGAGAGAGAGAGAGAAAUACGUGAGAAUUAUAUAGCUCGUGUAGAAACUAGGGUUUUGUUUCCUUUUAGUUGAAACUUCCAAGGCUUCCUUCUUUCUUCAGCCUCCAAACCCUCUAAGGUAGUUUGAAAGACAAGGACCACGAAAAUGGUUGAGAAGACCAAGGGCAGGAAGGAGGAGGUGGUCUCACGGGAGUACACCAUCAACCUCCACAAACGCCUCCAUGGAUGUACCUUCAAGAAGAAGGCUCCCAAUGCCAUCAAGGAAAUCAGGAAGUUUGCUCAGAAGGCUAUGGGAACCAAUGAUGUCAGAGUUGAUGUCAAGCUGAACAAGCAGAUUUGGAGCAGAGGAAUCAGGAGUGUCCCAAGAAGGAUUAGGGUUCGGAUUGCUCGCAAGAGGAAUGAUGAUGAAGAUGCCAAGGAAGAGCUCUACUCUCUCGUUACUGUUGCUGAGAUCCCAGCUGAAGGAUUGAAGGGAUUGGGUACCAAGGUCAUUGAGGAAGAUGAUUAGAUUAUUUGUCUUUUUUAAUUAAACAUAUUCUCUUAGGCAGUAAAAGAUCUACAUAAGCAUUUUGUGACUUGUUUAUGUGUUUUUGUUUAUUGUGUUUUUUGACUAGAAUUUUGUUUGGUAAUUUACGCAGUGUAACUGUGUUUUCUGAGAAUUUUUUAUGCUACACCUACCAGUUUUCAAUC